CGGCGUUCCGAACGGUCGCUUUUCUCAUGUUCUCCGCUUCAAAGGAUUUAUCGGCCCCUGGCCGAGGUGCUACUCAGGCUUCAGCCAGCAGCAAUGACUACCGUGUUGUGUUACCCCGUCUUCCUACCGGUAAGCUGGUUGUGGACUCCGUUUUCCUGCAUGCUGACUUAAGUGGUCGACCGUACCGAGCCCAAGACUUCAGAGACGCCCUUCGGACCGUUAUUGACCUGAAGGAAAUAAGUUCCAUCGGACAAUUUCAGAUGUCGCACGUGUGGAUGGUGACGUGCAAAUCAGGGAUGACAAAAUCAAAGCUAGUCGCAUGCGGGGAAUUAUCCGUAAAAGGUAGACGCUGUGUCGUCAUUGAUCCUGAGCCCACGGAAGUUAAAAUGAAGCUUUUGUGGCUUCCUGAGCGUUUGGAAGACGACUACAUUCGAGAUGCGCUCCAGGCUUACGGGAAAGUCAAGUCUAUUUCAGCAGAAAGCUGGAGAGUAUCGGAGAUGGAACAAAUGCGUACGCUAAAUCGGGACGUGGUGUUGACUCUUGCCGAUGGAGUGAGCGUGGGGGACGUUCCACAUCUACUACCUGUUUGUGGAGUGCAGAGUCUCGUAUUAAUUCCAGGCCGGCCCCCACUUUGUCUGCGCUGUAACAAGGUGGGGCACAUUCGUCGAAACUGCAGAACCCCACGUUGUGAAACCUGCCGGCGCUUUGGUCACACAGCUGAAGAAUGUGUCGUAACAUACGCCGAUAAGUUACGACACAGAACAAAGCCUCCGGAUGAAAGCUUGCAAGAACACAUAAUGGACAUUACGGAGGUUCUUGACGCGACGGGAGACGUUCCCUCUUCCGCGGAGACCCGCUGUGCCACUAAGGCCCCUCUGCCUGUUGAACAGUCACAAUGCCAUCGCCCGUGAAUGCCAACUGCCCACUGCCAACUGCCAACAAUGCCAACUGCCCGUGAAUAAAGAAAGUAGCGAAGAGAAAGAUGACCAACCGAAGCAACAACCCAAAGGAGCACCCGCUACCACGGAGCCAGCUGCUGCCCAGCAAGCGAAUGAGGGAGCCGGAAAUGACUCAUCUGAUGCACCCAAGCAACUCGACACGUGUACUGAGCCGGCAGAGGACAGCCGAAGUAACGCGGAUACUUCAGUUCCGAAGCGCCGUGCGACCAACAGAUCGGAAUCAAGCACAGACAGCGAGACGACCAGUACCACAAGAAAAGCACGUCGCCGCAAAACAUCGAAACACUCAGGAAAGUGCCGACGAUCACGGUCCAGAAGGCCUGGUGGGGUUUCGGAGGGAGCCUCACCGUUGCCCUCUAGGACCGAUCACAUAGAUCAUUAGGUCCAAAUACUUGGUAGUCACCAUGGCCCUGUCCCAGCAACUUCAAUUCGCAACCUUGAACGUACGAGGCCUUAGGUCUUUGCAGAAACAGGCGCAGCUUCGCCGGCUUUUGUCUAGGAAGCGCCUCGACUUCGUCGCCGUGCAGGAGACGAAGAUUGAGAGUGACGACGAGACAGAAAGGGCUUUGCGACCUUUUCUGUCUGAGUAUAAUGUUUGCGUUUCACACGCUCUUGGUUUAUCCGCGGGCUGUUUCCUGUUUCUGAAAAAGAGCCUACUUUAUUCAGCUUUUAGUUAUCAUGUCGACACUGAAGGUCGAUAUAUAUGUUGUGAUUUUGUGUUGCAGGCUGUGCCAUGGCGCAUAGUCAACGUCUAUGCAUUUAAUGACGCUGCAAAACGAGCUCUUUUAUUUGAUACUGUGUCUAGUCUAUUGGACUGUGAUCGCUGCAUUGUUUUAAUGGGAGAUUUCAAUUGUGUAUGCGAUCCGAACGAUCGAAGCGGCCAUAACACUCAGCGGGACAGGAGCGGUGAAGUUUUGUCUAACAUAAUAGAAAAUGCAGGGCUCGUUGAUAUAGGAGUGUCGGGACAGGGAGCUCGCUCUUAUACAAGAAUUCAAGGUCAUUCCUACGCCCGCCUUGAUCGGAUUUAUGUUUCUUCAUCACUCCUCUCUCGAGGACUAUCCUGCAUUACUAUCCCCGUUUCAUUCUCUGAUCAUUGUAUGGUUAUUGCAAACAUUGGUGAAAAAUUUGUAACUAAUUUCCGACCACAGUGGGCACUCUGGAAGCUUAACUCUGAGCUCCUAAAUGAUCGGGAAUUUAUUAAUCGCGUGCGCAUGGCUCUAACCAAUUCUCUGUCUAGUGACUUGCCAUUAUUUGCUGCUUGGGAACUCUUUAAACAAGAGGUUCGUACAGUGGCUAUAGAAAUUGGAUCGGUGAAAUCAUUCUAUAGAAAGUAUGAAGAAAAAACGCUUCUUAAGAGCCUAUGUAGCCUUUAUGAGAUUGAAUGCGAAAUGCCAGGCACUUACAUUGUUGACAUAGAAAACAUUAAAUGUGAGUUACAAAAGUAUGACGCACUGCGUUACAGAGGUGCGCGAAUUCGAUCUCGAAACAUGCGCGCUCUGCAAUCUGAGCAACCAACACGUCAAGCUUUACUUGACGAGCGACGUCACGGUAUUUCCAAAGUAAUUCCGGAAAUAUACUCCGAGGGUAGUCUUUUAACAAAUACUCAUGACAUCAUUUCUCAGUUCGAAAUUUUCUACACUAUGUUGUUUAGUGCCCCUCCGAAUGAUCACGAUGCAAAAGUUUUAGAGAGUUUUGUAUCUCUUGUAAAACCAUUACAGGAUGAUGACUGUGCAGUCAUCAGUGGUAGCCUUACGAUUCAAGAAAUUGAGCUAGCUAUUGAUCAGCUGCCUCUGUCGAAAACA